UGAUAAAACCAUACAAAGUGAUAGGUACAGUCACACAGUGACGGGCGUCGGUUUAGCGAAAACGGACCAAAAGACAAAAGAGGAUUCAUUUGUUAGUAGUGAUAUCAAAGUGUGAGUGAAAAUGGUGUCCGUGCAAACCAUAGCGACGAUAGUCGUGAAGACAUUCAAAGUUGUACUGAACAUAGUGAUCCUAGUUCUCUACCGAACGGGUUACAAUGGCGAGUUCCUCGGAGUGGGCGGCACCUGGAACCUCAAUGAGGAGAAGAACCCUGACGCUGAGAUUGUAGCCUCUGGAGUCAUUGUCGGCUACCUCAUAUACACGCUCGUACAAAUCGUCACGUUCCUGUUUGGCACUACUGAGCAUAAAAGAGCGCUGUCAGAGAUAGUGAUGAACUUCGUGGGCGUGUUCCUGUGGAUCGCGGUGGGUGCUGUCGCGCUGCACUACUGGGGCGGCUACCAGGGAGAACACCAGUACCAGUUCGUGUUCGCUGAGAAACAGGUUGGUUUGGCAGUGGGCGCCCUCUGCGUGAUCAACGGAGCAGUGUACUUGCUAGACACGGCGCUAUCCGUCAUUCAUUUCACCAAGGAGAUGUAACCUAUGGAUCAUCUAUUCGAGAACUGGGUAACCAUUGCGCCCGACAGCAAGGAGUUUUUGUGCGACGUCGACGUGGAAACCGCCAAAAUUGCUCCACUAACGGAAACCGUGUCUGAGUACGGCGGUGGCGCUCGAGUAGUGUGGGCCAUGUCGGCGGGCGACCGAGAGGCCGAGGCGCAGGCCAAGAAGGGCGAUGAGGCUGCCUCCAACGACCGGGACAGCAGGGCUGCGGCCGCCCUCAAGCAGUACUGGUGCGUCGGGCUACGUGCUCUCGAACUGAUAAUCGCGGUGAUAGCAAUCGGUCUGAUUGUGGGCGCUCUGUACUCUCCGCAAGUGGUACAGUCAGACCAAAGGCACAUUGCUGUCAUUUACUCUGCCUACUCCAGCUACAUCAUCAUCACCGGUGUUCUAAUCAUCGCGAGGCUGUUCGGCGAGUCUCCCGGCUGGAGGACUUCCAUCGGUUUCUCAGUGCUGGGCGUCAUCAUGUUCACGGCCGCCGCUGCUGUCAUAUUCUAUGAUUGGCACAGGUCUUACUACACAAACCUUCGUCCGAACAAGCAAGCAUACGACCUCCUUAUAGCUUCGGGAGUUUUCGCGGUCAUAGAGGUCGUGGUCUUCCUUGUCCAUGCCUUCAUAACCUUCAGAGAAGACGCUGACUACUGAAUUACUACUUAAAUUAUAUUUUGUUUUUAUUCCCUUUAAUUUCGAAUAUUAAUUACUAAUUUUCGCUAUGAAAACCAAAGUCUUAUAGGUUAAGUCGCUUCAUUUUCACUUUUUUUAUCAUAAGCUUUCAAUUUUUUUUUGCUCUCUGAUUUUUAGUUUUUUUUUUUCAACCCGUUGCAAGCCCACACAUACCUUACGUAACCUUAAGUAACCUUUAAGAGUAUUAUUUUAAAAUAAUUGUAGUUAAGAUUUUUAUUUUCAUUUAUUUAAUUUAAGUUGUAUAUAAUUAUAUCAAUAUGUUGCCUCAUUGGGUAGCUAAAGCUUUUUAUUUCUAUUUAAUAUUUUUAUCGAAUAGCCCUCUGUAGUAGCUAUGGAAUUGGACAUACAUACUCAUUUUGGCAACUAUUUUGUUUAAUACUUUUUUUUUAAUCAGGCAACUAUUUAUGGUGACUAUUUUAUGUAGUAUAUUUAAAUCGAGCAGCUAUAUUUAUGGCAGCAGAAUGGCAAUUAUAUUACGUAUUUUUUUAUAUAUUCGGCAACUAUUUUAUUUCUUUAUCAAGCAGCUCUGUGGCAACUAUUUAAUUUCAUAUUUUGCGAAUAAAGCAGCUUUAUGGCAACUAUUUUUUUUAAUUCAAGCAGCUAUAGGACAGCUAUAUUUAAUAUUUUUUAAACCAACAGCUUUAUGGCAACUCUU